GUCGACAGCAUGAGCCCAGAGGAUAUCCAACAACACCAGGCUUGGAAUGGCCAAGUGCCAUCAACCAGCUCCCUCUGCAUCCAUGAUUUGAUCCAGCAGCAUAGUGUAUCACAGGCGAAUGCAGCCGCAAUUGCUGCUUCCGCAAUUGCUGCUUGGGACGGGGAAUUUACAUAUGAGGAACUCGAGGAUCAAUCAUCGCGCCUGGCAGCCAGCCUGGCGCCAUGGAGGUAAGCAAGGGGCAAG